GCGUGCUGCAAUUUUGUCGCUAUUCUGUCGACAAAACGUGCAGCACGCUUUGCCAAAAUUUGCCUUUGACACGUUUGGCUAUCAGGGUUAUAAAACGUUUUGAAAACGGUUAUAAAAGGUUUGCUUUUAACGUUUAUAAAACAUUUCUGAAACGUGUGUGUGCUACCUGAGCUACGUGAGUAAUCUCACGUCCUCUGUUUUUCUUUUACAAGUGUUCUUAUUUAUAUCUUGUUUCCUCUUUUACAUUUCUUUUAGACGUCUUAAAAAAAACAUCUUUUAAUCAUUUAUGCUGCUGGAAAUUCUUCACGCGCGAAACAUAAUCCGAGUAAUAUUUCUUGUUUGUGAAGUAACAUGCAGUUUAUCGUCGUGCUUAUCAGAGAUCCCCCGUCUUCUGCUGAUUAGUAUCAUCAUCGACGCUACAAUUGGUGAUAUUACCCUACAACCCACAAGUAAUUUGCUCAUCCGCGCAGCUCAACGAUUCUAUUCGUUCGAAUCCGUUCCUCUCGAACACUUCUACUCUUGAACUUCCGCCGUUUUCUCAGUGAUACUCUCAUAUCUUUUAACCGAACCGGUCUGGAUCGCAGUCAUAUUUUAGUUUCGAGUGAUAGAGCACGUUUCUCCACAUAACGGCAAUGCAAGUUGCAGGUGACUCCAAUGUGUGUGUUGAGAAAGUGACAGACACUUAUGGUCUUUCCGAAGGCCCUCAUUGGGAUCACCGUAGUCAGAAAUUAUAUUUUGUCGACAUAUAUAAUCAGUUCAUACGUAGGCUAGAUCCUGCAACAGGUGUUGUAACCAAUGCAUACAUAAAACAUGGCACUGUUGGAGUUGUUAUACCUGUAGAUGGUUCUUCUGAUCAACUCAUAGCAGGUGCUGGAAAAGAUAUUGUUUUGGUUACAUGGGAUGGAGAAAAAGAUGAGAAGGAGGUACCAACCGAAGUUCUGUGUUCUGUUGAUGAGAAAAAUGUUAAAACAAGAAUCAAUGAUGGAAAAGUUGAUUCCUCUGGGAGACUUUGGCUAGGCACUAUGGGUGAAAAUGAGGUUGGAAAUUUAAUUCCUGGUAUAGGAUCAUUUUACCACAUUGACAGUCAAAACAAAUUAUGUAUUCCCAUGAAGGAAAUAUCUCCCGUUUCCAUAAGCAAUGGAUUAGCAUGGAACAAAGAAGAUGAUACAUUCUAUUAUAUUGAUUCGCCUACUCGUCAAAUUGCAGCAUAUGAUUAUGAUCCAAACAGUGGAAAGAUAUCUAAUAGGAGAAUUGUAUUCAACUUGAACACUACUAACUUAUCUGGAGUGCCUGAUGGAAUGACCAUAGAUACAGAUGGCAAUCUUUGGGUAGCUUUGUUUGGCGGAAGUCAGGUCAUCAAUGUAAAUCCGAAAACAGGGAAAAUAUUACGUGUAGUCAAAAUCCCGGCCGAAAAUGUAACCAGUGCCACAUUUGGAGGUCCGUUUCUCGACAUUCUUUAUGUAACCACUUCGGGCCACGGUUUAACGGCAGAACAGCAAGAGAAGACUCCUAAAGCAGGUGCUUUAUUCGCGGUAAAAGGCUUAGGAGUUCGCGGAAGUCUCGCGAAUGCGUUUCGAAAUGAAUGCGUUGAUAAAUGUACUUAGACGAAUGCGUUUCGAAUGAAUUAAUAAAACAGGUAAUGGACAAUUGAUCGAAAAAGAUAUAUAUAUAUAUAUAUGAAGACAUAUUUUGUUUCUUAUGGAAAUCUAUGUACUCGUGUGUAUCAUCAAAUAAAAACGCUUAACAAUGUA